AUGACUUCCUCCUACCUGUUAGCUCUCCUUCUUGGCCUGCUCGCGGUGGUUCUCACCAAACCGGCCGUUGGAGAUAACGCCGGUGAGACUCAACCUCCAAACCCACCAUCAAUUCCAAUUUACGAACCCCCCAAGCUUCCCCUAGUUCCCAUAUACAAACCUCCCGGUCCAUUUGACAAACCACCUAAGCCUCCGGUAGUAACAAUUCACAAACCACCAAAGCCUUCACUCCACAAACCACCAAAGCCUCCGGUCGGUCCAAUACACAAACCACCUAAGCCUCCAGUCGAUCCAGUUGACAAAUCACCAAAGCCUCCGGUCGAUCCAAUUCACAAACCACCCAAGCCUCCGGUCGGUCCAAUUGACAAACCUCCCAAGCCUCCAGUUGGUCCAAUUGAUAAACCACCAAAGCCUCCAGUCGGUCCAAUUCACAAACCACCCAAGCCUCCGGUCGGUUCAAUUGACAAACCUCCCAAGCCUCCAGUCGGUCCAAUUCACAAACCUCCCAAGCCUCCAGUUGGUCCAAUUGAUAAACCACCAAAGCCUCCCGUCGGUCCAAUUCACAAACCACCCAAGCCUCCGGUCGGUCCAAUUGACAAACCUCCCAAGCCUCCAGUCGGUCCAAUUGACAAACCUCCCAAGUCUCCAGUUGGUCCAAUUGAUAAACCACCCAAGCCUCCCGUCGGUCCAAUUGACAAACCUCCCAAGCCUCCAGUUGGUCCAAUUGAUAAACCACCAAAGCCUCCAGUCGGUCCAAUAGACAAACCACCCAAGCCUCCAGUCGGUCCAAUUGACAAACCUCCCAAGCCUCCAGUUGGUCCAAUUGAUAAACCACCAAAGCCUCCCGUCGGUCUAAUUCACAAACCACCCAAGCCUCCGGUCGGUCCAAUUGACAAACCUCCCAAGCCUCCAGUCGGUCCAAUUGACAAACCUCCCAAGUCUCCAGUUGGUCCAAUUGAUAAACCACCAAAGCCUCCCGUCGGUCCAAUUCACAAACCACCCAAGCCUCCAGUCGGUCCAAUAGACAAACCUCCCAAGCCUCCAGUCAGUCCAAUUCACAAACCACCCAAGCCUCCAGUCGGUCCAGUUGACAAACCACCAAAACCUCCAGUUGGUCCAAUUGACAAACCUCCCAAGCCUCCCGUUGGUCCAAUUGACAAACCACCAAAGCCUCCCGUCGGUCCAAUAGACCAACCUCCCAAGCCUCCAGUCGGUCCAAUUGACAAACCUCCCAAGCCUCCAGUCGGUCCAAUUCACAAACCUCCCAAGCCUCCAGUUGGUCCAAUUCACAAACCACCAAAGCCUCCCGUCGGUCCAAUAGACAAACCACCCAAGCCUCCAGUCAGUCCAAUUGACAAACCUCCCAAGCCUCCAGUCGGUCCAAUUGACAAACCGCCACCCAAGCCUCCAGUCGGUCCAAUUGACAAACCACCCAACCCUCCAGUCAGUCCAAUUCACAAACCACCGAAACCUCGAGUUGGUCCAAUUCACAAACCACCAAAACCUCCCGUCCGUCCAGUUCACAAACCACCCAAACCUCCGAUGAGUCCAAUUUAUAAACCACAGCCUCCCGCUACUCCCAUUUACCAGCCACCAAAACCUCCAUCAGCUCCAAUUUACAAACCACCGGUUGAAGUUCGUAAGGCCACCAGUGUCAACUAA